UUCUUUCCCUUUUUUUAAAAAUUAUUUUUACAGCGGCUGUGUAUGUGCAUGCGUGGCGCGCGCUCACAUGGCGAGCCGACACCCUCAGCCGCAGUCCCCAAAGUCCAGCCAGUUCAUCAUCUGGUCCCUGACGGGAAGGACCAUAUGAACAUCGUGUAGUUGUUUUUGUUGUUGUCGUUGUCAACAUUAACCGAUGCAGGUGUUUGCAAAACUCAAAAGGAUAUCGCUACAAAACCGGUUGGCCUUUCCCGUAGUAUCUAUUAGAAAAAACAGCUAAACUAAAGCGAGAUUUAAAACAAAAAUCAAAACAAAAAGAAAAGAAAGGAUAAUCACUACGAUAACACUCGGCCGAUAAGCGACAACCUUCAGUUCAGUGUUGAUAAGUGAAAAAUAAAUCAAUCGGUUUGCAACAGUGAGGCGGACAAGUGUGUUUGCUAGUGCAGGUGUGCGCUCUUCUUUUGUGUUUCACGCGUUCGCUAUGCGGUCGGUAGUUUGGUCGCCGUUCGCGGUUAACAAUCCGUGAAAAGAAAAGAAAGUAACAAGGUUGGCUGAAAAAAAAAAUCUAAAAUCAAAUAAUAAUAGUAGUGAACCUUAUAUAGCGAGUUAACUGCGUGGCUGGUAAUGGAAGGCCAAAUCAAAUGGAAUGAGAGCGUAACGACGACCGUGUCGUCCAUGUCGUCGACGUCCCUAUUAGUGUGGUUGACAUCGACGACGACUAGCAACACCUCGGUUGACAGUGUCGACGACAACAGCGACUCCAACGUCUACAAUUGGUCGUUCAUUUGCGUGAUGGUGUUCGUCGUGGCCGGAACGGUGGGCAACGUCCUUGUAUGUUUAGCCGUUUGGCUGGAACGUCCGCUCCAGAAUGUCACCAACUGGUUCCUCGUUUCGUUGGCCUUCGCCGACCUCAUCGUUAGCACCAUCGUCAUGCCUUUCGGUGCCACGGCCGGUUUCUUAGGAUAUUGGCCGCUGGGAGUGACUUGGUGUAACGUUUACGUCACUUGCGACGUGCUGGCGUGUUCGGCUUCCAUUCUGCACAUGUGUUGCAUCAGCCUGGGCCGAUACCUGGGAAUAAGGAGCCCAUUAAAAGCCAGGGGAUACGGAGGACGAGGUGGUGGCAGUAGCAGUUUCCUGACAGGCGGCAGUUCCAAACGGCUGGUAGUCGUGCGAGUGGUGCUCGUAUGGCUUUUGGCACUUCUCAUCAGCUCACCCAUAAGCGCCCUGGGCCUGAUCGACCCUUCCAACAUCAUGAUCGGCAACCAGUGCGUCAUCAACAACAGAGGAUUCGCCUUUUUCGGAUCUCUGGCCGCUUUUUAUAUACCAAUGAUCAUUAUGGUCGUCUCCUAUGCCCUAACGGUCCACCUGCUGCGCAACAAAGCGCGUCAGCACCAACAGCAACUCAUGUCGAGGGUCGGAGGCAGCGGUUCCAGUAAUUACACGGCCGGCGGACGUUUUGCUGGCAAUAAAAGGAGUUUUCAUUCGGUCAACUUCAACGACGACGAACAUAAAGCCGUCAACGAAGAUGCGCCGCUGCAGCAAGAGCGCGGCACUCAGACGCCGGUCAGCGUGUCGAGAGAACGACGCCGAUUGAUAUGGAAGGAAAGGAUCAGUUUUUCGCCUUCGUCGUGUCAAUGUUCCUUGGCCGCGCGAACAACAGCCGAUGAUGAACAGGCAGAACAGCCCAUCCGGAUUAUCAAAGCCUCAGCAUCAACGGCCAGUAGCAUGGCCAAUCGUGGCCGCAAAGUCGGCAGUACGACUCCUCGUCGAUCGGGUUCCAUCGUAUCGUCGUCGACGCCCAACAUAUCCAGCGCCGCUACCGUAGCCAACGAGCAAAAGGCCAGCAAAGUCUUGGGCGUCGUCUUCUUCACGUUCGUGCUGUGCUGGGCGCCAUUUUUCUUACUUAAUUUACUGAUGGCCGUGUGGCCGGCGUGCAGCGCUUACAUCCCGGACCGUUUAGUGGCCACUUGUCUAUGGCUCGGUUACGUUUCUUCCACCAUCAAUCCGCUCAUUUACACCGUAUUCAACCGGACGUUUAAGCGCGUCUUCAUCCGCCUUCUGAAAUGUCAGUGCCGCAAGUCGCCAACGUCUAUCUUGGCGGCCUCGGCCAGCGCAACGACCGUCGCCACCGUCCAGCAUCGAUACAGUCGGUGCGCAUCCGUCUGCGAGGGACUCGCCAACCAACAACUGCAACAACAACAACAAUCAGUCCUUCCCCCGUCAGCUAAUCGUUAUCGAUAAUUCCGUUCAACUGCAUUCCAAAUUAACAUUUCACGCGUUCAAUUCGAUUUUGUUGCUCUUGUUGUUGUUGUUAUCAAAUCUGUUUAUUGUUACUGCUAUCCGUUCACCCCCCAUCAUCUAAACGUAAAUAUUAUACGUAAUAAAAAAAUGGAGAAAACAAAAAGGAAAAAAAAAAAAAAAUGUGCUCACGUUUCACGAAUGUAUCCUAAUUGUAUAGAACAUGUUUCCCGGUACGGUACGGCGUUUGGCUCAGGAUGGAAACGCAAAAAUGGAAGACAAACAAACAAAUCACGCUCAUUCACGUCUUGCCGCCGCCAUCACCAUUUUGUAUUCAUACACUCGUCAAUGUGGUAUAUAAAUAAAGCUCGUAUCUCCGUGA